AUGGACGCGCACGAUGACGUUUUCCCCCUCAGCGACGACGACGACGACGACGACUCCCGCGCCAGCACGCGCUCCGCAUCCCCGCCGCCGCAGAAGAAGAACCGGCGCCGUCGGGCGCGCGCACGCAGCGAGGCCACCGUGCGCGUGGUCCGAAAGACCCGGCGUCUGAAGGCCAACGACCGCGAGCGGAACCGGAUGCACAACCUCAACGGCGCCCUGGACCAGCUGCGCCGCGUGCUUCCGGCGCUUCCGGACGAGAGCAAGCUGACCAAGAUCGAGACCCUCCGCCUGGCCCACAACUACAUCUGGGCCCUGGCCGAGACCCUGCGCAUGGCGGACCGGGUCGGACCCCCCCGGGACGGACCGGCGCAGUCCGGCUGGUUCUCCUGCUGCAGGGACUCUUCAUCGUCCUCGCCGUCGCCGUCGUCCUCGUCCUCCUCUUCCUCGCCCGCCUCCAGCCCGGGCAGCCCGCACGCGCACGAGGCCGCGCUCUUCGGCGUCUUCUGA